AUGAGAGAACAUGCCGCUGAUUCAGUAUUGGGAUCGUCUCUGUACGGACAACUCACCUCUGUGGCCAGAGUGGACUUAAAGGUGGUGUUGUCGUACACCCAGCCACUCUGGCAAGGCAUUGUGGGAAGGUCUUCAAUAAACUCUGGAAGGAGUGAAGCAAGUAAACCAGAACCGACUGCCACUGCACAGUACGUGGCCGCGGGGAGGAGAUGCCACACAUCAUCCAACAGCAUGACGAGCGGGGAUAUGGACACGCCCAGUCGUGCCAUGAACGAGAUGGAACCAGAAAGUGAAGAUCCAGGCUGCAGUGAUGACUUGUCCACCUGGACAGGUUCAGAUGGUUCCCAGAAACUUUGUGUCCCCGAGUCUUUGGCAGAAUCCUCAAAUGAUGAUGAUGACAACAGUAAGGAAGAGAACUCAUUUGGCAUGCAGACACUUCAUAUGCCCACGUGCCAUUCUGAGUCCCAGGAGCGCUUUGAGUUACAUGACUGGGCGUCUGCAAAUAAACAAGAGUCCUCAUCAGAACAUAUUGAGAGUAAAGCUACACUUUCAUACCAAGAAAAUGAUGAUAUCAACCUUUGUGGAUCAAGAGAAUUAAUCACGGAAUCUCCUUAUAUCCAUACCUCAAACACAUCAUUUUCCUCAGAGCCCCAAGAUUCCAAGCCUCAGAGUGGCCAGAUAUCGUGGCAGCAUUCCCAGUCUUCCUCCUCCUCUCUUGGCUCCACUACUGAUGUGACCCAGGCCUUGACCCCGACCACAAAACGGUCCCAAGAAACCAGUAAUAGGCAUGGCCCAGGGACUGGGAACAGGAGGGUCGAAUCUUCAGAGGAAGGAGGGAGUAGUGAAGCACCUCCUGCUUCUGUCUUCUUUGGAAUUUCAGAUGAGGGUGCUGAACAGGCAGAGAAGUGGAACUCGGGGUCUGACACAGAUCUGUGCAGACCAGGCAGGAGCAGGGCAAGGUUCACACGAGUCAGUUACAGCGAGAGUCAAUCAGAAAGACGCUUGAGGGAGACCAAGUCUAAAUGUAAACGAAUUGCAAAACUCCUGACUGAUGCACCCAACCCUAGAAACAAGGGAGCCUUGCUGUUCAAAAAACGCUUCCAGAGGGUGAAGAAGUACACUCUUGUUAGUUACGGUACUGGUGUUGACAAGAGAGACCAAAUAGAAGGGGAAAGUGGCAAAGUAAGAUCAGCUGAGUAUAACUUUGUGGCAACAAGUGAUUCUGAGCCAGAGGAACCCUACUGCUUUUAUCACCUGCACUAUAAUCUAAGUUUGGCCGGGGGAAGUGUUCAGGAAAUGGAAGAGCUUCCAGAGACAAGAGGAAAAGGAGUUUUUAUGUUUGCCCAAAGGCGCAAAAGAAUGGAUGAACUCGUCUCAGAGCAUGAAGAACAAAGGAGUAAAGGACCACUUGAAGAUGCUACAGUGGUGCCACAAAAUGCAGGAUCACAGAAUGUUUAUGACACAAUGGAAAUGCACAAACAUCUGGAGGAGACCAGUUCUAUGGAUAUAAAUCUCAUGAAACAUUUAGAGUACCACGAAAAUAUUCAGCAGACGAACCACCUCUCUAACAUGCCAAAACCCUUAGUGCCAAACAGAACUGCAAAACCUUUCAAAGGACUUCAAGUGGACUCAGCUCAGGUUCCCUCGCCUGGUAGUGUCAGUCCAUCCCAAAUGAAGCAUGAACCGAGAUUCAAAGUACCGGUGCCGACUAACACUAAUCCAAAGGUUUGGUCUCCAACUGGAGACAUCAUAGCUUCUAGGGAUGAGCGAAUAUCCGUGCCAGCCAUUAAGACCGGCAUUUUGCCGGAGUCAAAACGGAAAGGCAGUGGUAAACAGCUAUCAACGAUGAUGCAAAACUCAGAUCCACACAAUCAAAACAAAGGGGAAAGGAGGUCCUAUAUUGAGUCAGAGGAGGACUUUUUCAGUCUGGGUGCUGAAGCUUGCAACUUCAUGCAAACCAGAACAGUCAAACUCAAGAAUCCCCCUCCAGUUGCCCCUAAACCCAUCAUCGACCCAUCCUGCCCACCCUGGUUGAGGAGAAGUCCAUCUAGCGAGCCCUUCGUUCCUCCAAGAAGUCCAGUAACACAGCUCUCUCACAGUCCGGUAGGGUCUCAUGGUCAGCAUUAUUUACAGCAGCAAGACUUGGCUCAGUCUCAACAGAUGGCCAGCCGUUGGGCACCAGAUCAAACUCCGGCAACACUUCAAACACCUGCCAAUGCUUGGGAUCCGGUCAGCUCCCCUUCUCAGCUUCAUCUUCAGGGAACCACAAAUAGCUGGAGUCAAAAGCCAGCACAAUCCCCAGUGAGUAUACAAGCCCAAAGUCCUUCUUAUGGCCAUUAUUCACCCCAACAAGAUAAGUCAGAAAGUGUUCCAAACUCAUCUGUCUCCUGCCCAUCACAAGAUGCAAAGUUAUUUGUUCCCGUGUCAAAAUCCUCACAGCUGUCUCCAAAGGGCCGAAUUCCACACAAAGGUAUAAAACAGGCUGGUGAUGGUUCACCCAUGGCCGGAAAAGGGGCGGAAUUGUUUGCCAAAAGACAGUCUCGAAUGGAGAAGUUUGUUGUUGAUGCUGAAACAGUGCAAGCUAACAAAACAAGAUCCCAAUCCCCAUCUUUGUCCCUUCCUAAUUCUUGGAGGUAUUCAUCCAAUAUUCGUGCCCCACCUCCAUUGUCAUAUAAUCCUCUUCUUUCUCCGUUCUACCCCGCAUCAACAGCCAAGCAACCCCCUUCCACGAGCCCCAAAAUCAAGCCCAAGACCAAAGGGAAAUCUAAAUCGGCCCCAAAGCAACUCAACGCCUUAGAUAUCAUGAAACAUCAGCCCUAUCAGUUGGAUUCAUCUCUGUUCAAGUAUGACGCAGCCUCUGAGGAAAAAAGCCCUAGUCCAAAGCCAACUCCUGUCUCAAAGUUUGAAAAAGCCAAAAGCCUUAAACAAAAAUCUGCCUCCUCUCAUUUUCCUCACAACACUUCUGAGCCCACUGUUCAAAACAAGGCAGAGGCCCCUGCUAAGUUCUCUGGACCGGUAAGUCCCCAAAAUUCCUCUGUCCAAAACACGAGAUCAGCUGAGCUGCUUGCAAGUGACAAACGCUUGGAUAAAAAGCCCGCUGUCACAACUGCAGCCCAUCACAUGAGCACCAAGCAACCACCGAGUGGCCGACCUGCAAGCACAUCCUCCCAGCAUUCAUCUCUUGGUGACAACAUAGCUUCAGCUUUCUCUCCUGCAUCUCUUAUUGCCCGAGGCGCACGUCAAAUGGCUCCUCGGCCAAAAUUUUCAGCUAAGAAACCAGUGGUGACAAGCAAACAGUGGAAGCCUGUGUUCAGCAGAAGCCGAUCCCUGAGUCUUCCUCGGAGAAUGAAUUCACUGUCUUCUCCUGGACUUCUGUCACCUGCAAGCACACCUGGUUUCCAGCCAUCAUUUUUAUCUGCGCAGAGGCAAGCGUCCUUCCAAGAAAAAACCCACAAACCACCAACACCAUGGGAGGCAGCAUCGAGAAGCCCCAUUGGCUCGGUUGAUGAAGCCUUUAUGUUCCCGAGUCUGCCGUCAUCUUUUGCGCACCAGAGAUCUGUGCCAAAGCCUCCAGAUGAAUGGAGGCGCAGGGUGUCUGUUGAUCCGACAGCUGUCAGUAAGGGUCAUUAUGGUCACGUGGCUCCAGCUCUUCAGGCAGCACCCAUCAGAAGGAACAUUUCACCAGAGAAACCUGCCUUCCACGGCCCCCCCUUCAGACCUGCCCAGCCCCUAAGGCAUACUAGUAGGCCCAGUGCGGAAUACAGGCCACAAAGCUAUAGUCCAAGAAAUUACUUUCACCAGUAUAGAUACGAGCUGUACAGCAGGGACGACAUCACAGGUGACGUCAUCAUGGAUCUGGGGAAGAAGCUCAGCACCCCAAAAGACAUCAUGUUGGAGGAGUUGUCACUCCUUUCCAACAGAGGUUCCAGGCUUUUCAAAAUGCGCCAGAGGAGAUCAGAGAAAUACACGUUUGAAAGUAUUCAAAAUGAGGCAAACGCCCUGCUAAAUAGUAAUAUCAUGAAUCUGAAUGCACACACGGUGGAGAUUAAAGUUCAACCGCCAGCCGAUGGAGACGCUGCUAAUGCAGAAAAUGUUUCUUCAGAUCUGACGGCGGAAGGGUCCCACAGCACAACCGUGCCUAAGUCCUAUUACUCCCCCUGGGAGGAGGCCAUCCUCCGUGACCCUGACCUCGCUGAAACUGUCCAACUCAGAAUGCCAAUGCCAGACCCACGGCCAGACCUCCCUGAAUACAAAUGCUUCAACCGGGUCGCUACUCCCUACGGAGGCUAUGACAAAACUCAGAGGGGUAUCACAUUCAAGCUCCCUGAGAUGGACUUGAACCCUCCCCGAUACCCGGAGCUCAGUGAGCCAGCGGUCAGGCGGCCCACCUUCAACAGGACAGCCCAGGGAUGGAUAUCUGAGGGAACACAUCUCAUCCUCCCCACCAUCACCCUGGAGCCCAUCAACGUUCCAGAGUCUGAUGACCUGUAGAUAAUUGUACCUGUCUCUGGCGCCAUAAAAACAUGCUGCAGUGUUUUGGCAGUUUAGUAGCUGUAAUCACGUUGAAAUAAUGAAGAUUUUUUGUCUGAUCAAAUGAACAAAAGAUGUCACAUGAUUUUGUUCAGGGAAUGGACUUUUAUUUCUAACUUCUAUGGGAAAUAAAAUGCAUCCCGUAAAAAAUAAUGUAAAUGAAAUGUGGAAUUCUGUAGAUAAUUCCACCAACAGUGAAAAAUAGGUUGUAAAUCUUAACAAUGUUGACUGAAGUGGUGAAUGUGUUGUAAAUAAAAAAUGGAAUUUAUAUCCACCAGUUAGCGCUUUUAGAAAAAGAGACAUGACAUCUCUUAUCUCUGGGCAUUUUACUGACAGCUAAAGAUUUUUUUUCUUUGUGCACGCGGAGCCGUGAAUAUAUACAGGACAUCAUUUUUCACACAUAAUAAAAUGAUGUAACGCUAACUGAAACGUCUCUCACACUGCAUAGCUAUAGGAGGUGAAUGUACAUUUCUAUUAUCCAAACCUGCCCAGUAACAUUUGUUGAAAAUAGCUAGGCCUAUGAAUUAUGUUGCAAUACAAAAUUAAAUUAAAUGUUUUAAAGUUCAGUAAAAAUAGGGAGAUAGAAGAGCAAAAAGCUCAGCUCUCAUGCAUGCUAUUCACACAUAACUGUCUCUAUGAAGUAAAAUAUCAAAACAAAAUUCUAUCAGUUUCUGUAUGUUUUAUUCUUUCAUUUUUCCCCUCCAACAUAAAUAAGCUUGCCAUGGUCGUUUUUUAAAUGAAGAAAGUUUGUUCCAAUAAAGCACUGAACUGAA